AUGUCGACUCCCGAUCCCAACUCCUCCGCAUCUCUAACGGUGUCUACCGCAUCCGAAACUCCGGCUCCACCUGCAAACACUGUCAGAACAAUUACCUCUCAGCCACCUCCAGCUCCGCCACCACAACCACAACCACCUUCUUACAGAGCCCUAGCUCCACUUCAGCAGCACGCUAAUCCGUUACAACAAACUCAUCAUAACAACCUCCCGACACAAUCAAUCCCUAACCGACGCCCCAAUACGCCUCACCAACCUCAUCAUCACCAUCAUCACCAAGACCCGUCGACGGUUCUUUACCCGUUUCCUCCGGGUCGAGGGUUUUCGGUCCGACCCGCACGGAUGAAUUCGCCGGGUAAUCAGAGUGGUUAUCCAAUUCGACCGGGUUUGGCUUACGGUCAGCGGCAGUUUGGGCCGAAUGAAAUGGAGACAAUGAUGCAGUUCAUGAGGGCGAGGAAUCCUCAGAUUCAUCAUCAGCUCUCUCAUCCCGGGUCGGGUUCUCCUGUCGGGUCGGGUCCCAUGAGAGGAGUUCCUCACUUCCUGCAACCAAGGGUUGCCCCUCCCCCAACUUCAAUUCUAGAGACUGGCAGGAAUAAAAAUGCCAGAAGGCGGGACGCACUUGUCCUUGUUAGAGGGAGAAAGGUUAGGAUCACUGAUGGGGCUUCUCUUUAUUCACUUAGUCGAUCGUGGUUGAGAAAUGGCGCACAUGAAGGAGUGCAGUCGCAAAGGAGCGAUACUAUGAAACCGUUGCCAAAGCCAUUACCUGUGGAUGUGGUGGAAGCAGCUGUGCCAAAUGAUCCAACUGAAAAACCAACUGAUGAAGAUAAAGAGGACGAGGAAUCUGUGGAGGACUUAACAGAGAAGGAUCUUUUGAAAGGACACAUCGAGAGAGCUAAGAAGGUCCGUGCACGAUUAAGAGAAGAACGGUUGAGGAAGAUUGCGAGGUACAAAGGAAGAUUGGCUCUUCUUCUGCCACAAUCCGGAGAGCAGUGCAUGAAGAACGAUUAAAAUGUUUUAUUAGGACUUGAGGCUCUUACAUGACUGUUGUUAAUUUUAGCAUAGCACACCACGUACCUGUACGUGUAGGAAGGUGUGCUCUUCUUGUUCUGUGUGUGUACCAAAAUUUAAACCCUAUUCGAUUGUAUCUUACUACAUUUGGUCAUUCACAAUUUCUCUUUAUUGACUUUUUAACCCAA